CUACUUACAUAAGAUUACAUGCUGAGACGGUGAGAUGAUGACGAGAGGUACAUUUUCCCCUCUGCUUCUUGGCUGACAGAAGGCUUGAGCAGAAGUGAGAUGAACAAGGUAGGAUAUGGACUCCUGCCUUGACUUUCCACAGGGAUGGGGAGAAAAUUACCCGGAAACUUUGAACCUAAAGCAAUUAAACCGAAAAAGGAAGGGAUGAUGAUGACACUGAAGUAGAGGAAAUUCCUGUAAAGGAAACAGAGACUCAACAGCGUUCAGCUAAACCUUACCACAAUUCGUACCACGUAGUGUAAGAUGUGCAGGAAAUUACUUUAAAACCACAUUAGCCUCCUUUGCAUAUGUGUUGAUUUUAAGUGACACGGCAUCCUAAAUUGCUGAACUACGGAUAUGAUAGUAGGGGCGCACACAUGGCUGGAGAAGACAGAGAGGCAGAUAAUGUUAUCCAGGGAAAGACUGCUUUGAUUUUCCUGCCAAAUACUGACAAGAUAAAAGCAAGUCACUGAAUAUUUUAAGUCACUGAAUCACCUUGAGUCUACCCACAAUGUAAACAAAUGUAGACGGUCAUUUAAGAUUAUCCUUUUUCAAGAACUCCCUUCUUCUGGUAACCGUUGUUUGCUUCAGCUGUGAAUUUCCUUCUUCCUAUCUAGCACAUAUACAAGAUCACACUUCUUAACCUUACAUGCUGUCAUGAUGGCUCUGCGGUUCUCUAAUAAGAGUUAAGUUAGCUCAUAUGCUUGGUGGUGAUGUACCUUACCAUGGCUAGCAGAAUACAACAGAGAGUUAUGCAAAUUGCUGACCAAAGCUAUUAAAUUCAUUAGUUAACCCUCCCUUUCCCACUUCUUCCCACUCAUUGUAACCUUUUGAAUGUGACAAGAGGGUUUUUAGCAUGGAAUUAAACUGGAGAGCACAGACAUUAUAUGUCAUUGGCACUAUCAAAUGCCUUGUGAAUGGUCACUUCAUAUGGUUUUACUACAUAUAGCCUGCUUGUCCCUGAUUACAGACAAAUGAGCAGCUGAAAAAUCAGCAGCCCCACAGGUUAAUUUCUAAUGGCUUAGCAAAUUGAACUGAGGCAUGAAAGAGAACCGCAGCUGUCACCAGAGAGGAGUUGGACCAUUUGUUUAGCGUGAAGAUGUGUGUGGUAGGGCAGAGUGACAGAUGAGACCACCUCCCUUUGGCGACAGAGACCCAUUGCAUCAACUCUCCUGCUCAAGGGAGUUCAGCGCUGAAUCACCAACAAGGCUCUUGGGUUUUGCUAGAGACUGCCACCAGUAUGCUUUUGCCACAUGGACUGAAAGCAAGACAAUUCUUAAAGAAUCUCUAAAUAGCUCAGAAUACCAAUCAAAAUUAAUAAAGAAGAUGAUGCUCACUUUUUACUGGAUUCUAGCACUGCUUAUCACUGGAACAGAAGUUAGAGGGAUUAAUUUGCCAGGAUGUUCCCAUGUAAAGCCUCAAGUAUGGUAUCGUGCAAUUAGUGAUGAAGAGUUUGUUUUACAAUGUGCUUUGCCAGAUAAAGAUGCUACCAACAUUUAUAACAACUCAGUUCUAAAGCAACAUGAGGUGAAAUGGUUCUGGCAUCAGAAAGACAAAGGACAUCUUAAAGCUGUUGAGGAAAGCUUUAAUGUUACUCUGCAAGGGAAUGCACUUUGGUUUAAACCAGUAAGGGAGAAUGCUUCUGGAAUCUACAUCUGUAUGAUACGUGAAAAAAUCCCGUGUCUCAAAAUUGUUCUGGAGGUUCAAACAAAGGCAAAGGCAAAAUGUUCAGGCUAUGGUACAAAUACACUGUAUCUUCUUGCUGGCAAUGGGAAUUCGAUAGCUUGUCCUGGGAGAAAAUGCUACAGCCAUAUAAAUAAAACAGAUGUAAGAUGGUACAAGGAUGGCCGUCAGGUAGAAUACAGAAAAACCAGGAACAGCCUACAGCUUGUGGAUAAUGAAAUCUACUUGAAAAUAACUUACGUUCAAGACGCUGGAAUAUAUGUAUGUGAUUACGACAUGUCUGACAACACUACUCAAUGGACAAUGAGAACAGCAGUGACAGUAGAAGUCAUUGCAAAAACCACUAUCCAUCCACCAAACAUCUUGUAUCCCAGUAGUGUGGCGAUCCUCGAAGCAGAGCUUGGAAAGCCCCUUGAACUGGAAUGCCGUGUACAGUUUGGGUUUGAAAGAGGUACUCAGAGAGUAAUAUGGAAAAGAGACAACAAAGAAAAUUUAAAUGAGAAAUUGAAACAAUUUGAAACAAUUGAAACAAAGGAAACAAGUGUUUGUCCAAGAUAUUUAAAGGGACAUGUACUUCGUCAUGUUGCUAAACUGGAAGAAGUUACUGAAAGGGAUCUAAAAAGCGACUUCAUCUGCUUUGCUCAAAAUUCUGUGGGGAAUGCUACCGCUGUGAUCCAACUGAAAAAAAAACAGAGAGUGUUUUUCUUGUACAUACUGUGCAGUGCCAUUUCUAUUCUCUUUGCAUUCCUUUUGUGCACUGCCUUUAUUUACCAGCACUGGAUUGAAAUAGUGCUGAUGUACCGAAGCUAUGUGGCCCACAAUGAAACUACAGGAGAUGGGAAAGAAUUUGAUGCCUUUGUGUCCUAUGCGAAAACAGACGCUUCUGAAAGUGACUCUGCUUUUAUUAGUGAGGAAAAAUUUGCCCUGGAGAUCCUUCCAGACGUGCUUGAAAACAAAUACGGAUACAAGUUAUGCAUUCUUGAAAGAGAUAUUCUUCCAGGAGGAGCAUACACAGAUGAAGUUGUUACAGCUAUUAGACAAAGUAGAAGAACAAUAAUUAUUCUGAGCCCAGCCUAUGUCAGUGGACCAAACAUCUUUGAACUGCAGGCAGCGGUGAACUGCGCAUUGGAAGACAAAAAGAUCAAGUUGGUUUUAAUAAAGUUCCAGGCUUUCCAAGAGCCAGAGACUUUGCCUCCAGUAGUUAAGAAGGCUCUUCGGAUUUUACCAGUCAUUACCUGGAAGCCUUCUAUUUCUCCUGCUCCAAACAAGAAGUUCUGGAAAUACAUGCAUUACCACAUGCCCAUGAAUACCACUAAGGUGUUGGGAAGUUGCAGCCUAAAGUGCUUUUUCCAAAGGUUGUUCAGCCUGGAACAUCGAUAGCAUAAAUUUCACAGAGGAUUGACUGCUAUCUCAGGAGUUAAUGGACUUAAACACCCUUUUUUUACAUCAGCAGACGACUCUGGACUGUCACUUGAGCCAGCAGUAGCUCACUCUAGAACAGUGAGAAGGGCUGCAGAGCAAAUGUGCACACAGCAAAACUGUGUGGCACUUCACACACGUGUAUAUGUAAGCUAUCUUUAGUAAAUUAUUAUUAGGAUAUUUAUUAUGUUGUUUUUCAAUGAUGAUGAGACGUGAAUGUUCUUCUCUUUGCACUGUUUUUUCUGUUGAAGCAUUUUUAUACUUUUUUUUUCUAGAAAAAAGAUUAAAAACAGGAGCUCCUGAGAAAUCUUGUAGUUUAAUUUUCUGUGCAGUUCUGCACGACAAAUCCAAGACCUAUAUAUGAGUUCUUCCUUGGAGGAUAGCAAGGAUGAAAGCUCUGGGAGAUUCCCACAUCUAGGUAUGCUGAUGGGGUUGAGAAAAGGAGGAAUGUUGUGUCGGGGCUGAUCCCAGGAACCACCAUCCUUCCUGCAGUGGGAGAAGGCAUUUCUACCAGCCCUGAAACAUUUCACACUCAGAAACACCUGCACACUGCAGAUCCCACAUAGCAAGAGUCAUUCAGGGGUCCCAUCGAAACUGUUGAACAUCAUGGCUAUAAAUCCCAUGGUUGUUACAGCUAGUGGGCUUCCGAGGGCUCUGAAACACCUGCUUUUUUCUUGCAGACCUCUGCCAAUGUUCAUACCACAUACCCUCAAGGCAGCUUGCAGUCUGUGUGUAUGGCUAUACCUAAGUGAAAUGCAAUGGUUCCUGUUAAGAAGAAAAUCUGAGCAGGAGAGCCACUGAUGUUGUUCUGUAGUCUUCUUUUGGACUCCAAGUGAUCAAAUCCUACUUUUAUAAUGCCAACUGAGUAGUUGGUCCACCCGUUUCCUUCCUGGAGGGGGACUUAAAAGAAUACUGCUGUUAACAGGACUGCCAUGUUGUUAAAAAAAGAGAAUAACUUAGUGUUAGCUGCCUAAUUUUGUAUUGGGUUCAAAGCUUUCAGUGGGAGGGCUGCUGGUGCUACUUUGGGGCAGAAGCAGAAGAUGGUGGUGCAUAUGGUGGGGAUGAAGGAUCCUUGGCACUGACUGUACUUACUUCACUGAUUGUAAUUACUUUUCACAAAGAGCGGUGAGGCAGUGGCACAGGAUGCCCAGGGAGGUGGUGCAGUCACCAUCCCUGGAGGUGUUCCAGAACCGUGUGGAUGUGGCACU